UACUGUUGUCAAAAACCAAAAUAAGGGUUUUUACUUGACAACAAAAGUAUUAUUUAAAAAUCUAUUAUUUUAUAUAAAUAACUUUAAUUAAAAAAUUUUUAAUUAGCACUAAGUAAAAUAUAAGAUAUCUUUUUAAAGACAAAAGUGUUAUUGUAAAUAAACAUAUAUAUAUUACAAAUAUAUAAGUUUGUAACUUAAAAUAUUGAUAAAUAAUUUUAUUUAUUUUUCUACUAACUCUAAAUAGUUUUGUAAAUUUAAAUAUUGUAUCAUAAAAUUUAGAAUGCAGACAAAUGCAAACGAAGAAAAUGUAUGGAAAGAAUUGUCGGAAAUACCGGCUGAUCCUCCAAAAAUGAGAAACAAAUGUGAACAAUGCCGACGUCCAAUAACUGUUUGUUGGUGCUCAGGUCUUCCAGAAACUCGAAUAUUCACACAAUGUAGAUUGAUUAUUUUACAACAUCCAGCUGAAGAAAAAAGAAGUCUUCGUACCGUUCCUAUGUUAUCAUUAGCUUUGGAGAAGGAAAAAUGUGUUACAUACAGAGGAAAAAAAUUUCCACAAAUUAAACAUAAUGGAUUACAAGAAAUAUUAAAUGACGCAAAUACUGUUUUACUGUAUCCAACUCCUGAAGCAAUUGCACUCGAGGAACUUACACCAGUGGGUUUUAAUAAACAAAAACCCUAUAAUGUAAUUUUAUUAGAUGGAACGUGGCCACAAGCUAAGGCAAUUUACCAUUCAAGUCCAGCUUUGUAUUCAAUUCGUACCUGUAAAAUUGUUGGAGCGCCGAUAAGUCAGUAUGUCAUAAGAACUCAACCCUCAGAUAAUUGUUUAUCAACUCUCGAAACGGGGGCGAUUGCUCUUUCUAUAUUAGAAAAUAAAGCUUGUUUAAAAGAACAAAUGCUUCGUCCUCUUCACUAUUUGUGCAGAUUUCAAUUAGAUAACGGUGCAGUAAUUCAUCACUCAAAGGAAGUGAUGCCAAAAUACAAUAAUUCUCACAAACAUUCAAAAAGAAAAGUUGAAGAACAAUUAUGAUUAACAUUGAAUCAACCAAAAAUAACAAAAAUUUAGUUAGAAACAUGAAUGGAAAUUGAAUUUUAGAUUUUUUCUUUCGUUGAAUGAGGUAAAAUAAAUUUCUCUAUUUUUCGAAUUUUCUUUUUUUUUUAGUUUCGAUUUCUAAUCAAUAAUCUAAAUAACUGAACUAUCGAAACAAUUUACAAAUUUUGUUUUUAAAUUUAUACACAUAUAUCUAUAUUUAUGUACAAUAGUUUUUUUUAAUUUUUGAAAUUAAAAAUCCAAAAUUAUACUUUACAUUUUAUAACU